AUGUCGAGAUUCCUCCGCGUUACCGUGCUCGGUCUUAUUCUCAUCGCUCAUGUCGCUGUUGCUCACGAACACCACGAUGAAGUUCCAGAGGAAGAGGCGAGCCAGCCCGUAGACACGAUCCUAUGGCUCCACAUGUUCCUGCAAGGCAUUGUCUGGGGCAUUAUGUUCCCCAUCGGCAUGGUCCUUGGGUUGACGAGGAGUCGAUGGCAUGUACCCUUGCAAGCGACAGGUUAUGCCCUCACUGCGGGUGGUUACAUCCUGGGUCACGCCCACAAAGGACGCCAGUUUCUUCCCUCCGCUCACGGCAAGUUCGCCACGAUCCUCUUCGUGCCCAUCGCCGCGCAAUUAGCCAUCGGAAUCUACCUAAAGCUGCACAUCCAUGAAAAGUCGAUUCGUCCGUACUUCGUUGUCUUGCAUGGCAUAAUCGGAAAGCUCUAUCCCAUCUUCGGAUGGACACAAGCGCUUUUUGGCGUGCUGGCGUUCAGAGGAUACUGUCGCGGGUUUCACCUUGGUCAGUGCCUUGCUCAUUAUAUUAUGGGCAGCGGAUUCGUCGCGUACGCAGUUAUUAUGACCAUCAUUCUCGUCAUUGGAGAGCAAUGGAUGCGGAGGAGUGGACGGAGUCCCGAGGUUUUCGAUUCAUGGGUUAUCACAGCAUGGGGAAUCUUCAACACUUUCACGGAACAUCAUGGCGGCGCCUGGUCUGCAAAGGACAUGCAGCAUACCAUCUUGGGUGUUCUAUGGUGGACUGGAGGCAUGCUGGGAAUUUAUCUAUCGAGAAACAACCAGCGCAAUGUGGUUCCAGCCAUUAUCCUCUUCCUCACUGGAUGGGGGAUGUCAGAACACGCGCAAGCUCUCAUGAUCUCAACAAAGGUUCAUGCGAUGUUUGGACACACCCUUAUGCUAGCAGGAGUUACCCGAACUCUAGAAGUCUGCUACUUCGCGCCAUCGUAUGCUUCGGAUCACACCGAUGAUGACACGACGAGCGAGCACACUCUCGCCGAUGGCACGAACGCAAGGAAUACAUCUUCGGCGAAGGCAGCUGCAUCAAGAUCGUUCCGCUACCUGACACCUUUCUUGCUCACAGCUGCAGGGCUAUUAUUCAUGUCAGCGACCGACGAGGAGCUGGAAUACGUGCAGGAGAUCCACAUGGACCACGUCACUUAUAUCCUCAUCAUGUUCAGCACCGCGUUCCUCAUCUACACAUUUAUCGUCGUGCUUAUUAACCUAUACACCACCACCGGCCGCAACGCCUCAAACUCGAACAGCAAGGUUGUAGACGAUGGUAACAUCGAGAUGGUCAUUCCUGGUGGAAGGAGCAAGUGGUAUUCACGCGUGCCGACACGGGGUGGGAGUGCGAGCGGGGUUAGAGCAAAUGCUCUACCGACCCAUGUGUUAGGAGAGGAUGAGGAAGAAGAGGAUAUGAUGGCACCUCAGUUGCGAAUAUGA